AUGUCUGAAGUAGACCAAUUCGACAGUGCGCUCGACCUCCUCCGCCGUCUCAAUCCCCGCGAAACCUCCAAGCACCUCGACUCCCUCAUCUCGCUCGUCCCAUCCCUGACCGAAGAUCUGCUCUCGUCAGUCGACCAGCCGCUCACCAUCGCACGCUGCCGAAAGACCGGCCGUGAUUAUCUGCUGUGCGAUUACAACCGCGACGGGGAUUCCUACCGCUCACCAUGGUCGGGCGAGUUCGAGACACCGCUCGGUGGUAGCGGGCCUGGGGGCGUUGAUGAUCAGGGAAAUAAUGAGGGAGCUGGUGAGGGAGCGGUGCCCAGUGAGCGGGUGCGAAAGAUGGAGAUCCGGGCGAAUGAGGCGUUCGAUGUGUAUCGGGAGCUGUACUACGAGGGCGGGGUGUCGAGCGUGUAUUUCUGGAAUUUGGAUGAUGGAUUUGCGGGCGUGGUGCUGCUAAAGAAAGAAGUGGCUCCGCCCUCGGGAAAGAGUCAGGGGAGCUGGGACUCGAUCCACGUGUUUGAAGCUGUUGAUCGGGCGCGCACUGCACAUUACAAACUCACCAGUACGGUGAUCCUGUCUCUAGCAACGGGUAACGAUAAUCUGGGGGAGAUGGAUCUCAGCGGGAACAUGACGCGUCAAAUCGAGAGCGACCUCCCCGUCGAAGACGACACGUCGCACAUCGCCAACAUUGGGAAGCUGGUCGAGGACAUGGAGCUCAAGAUGCGGAACCUGCUGCAGGAGGUGUAUUUCGGGAAGGCAAAGGAUGUUGUGGGGGAUUUGAGGAGUCUAGGACCCUUGACCGAGGCUAACAGGGAGAAGGCCACGCACCAGGAGAUGAUCAACUCUAUGAAGCGGUAG